AUAUCUUCAUAAAAAAAAAAAGACAAUAAGUUGGACAGGCCCGCUGUCUCGGCCACAGCUACUGCCAGAAAAAGAUUAUUCCACUCUCACUCUUCUCAAUUCCAGAUCGGGAUCCUUCCCAUUUUAGACUUUAUUUUUUCCCUUGCCUUAUCUCAUCUCAUUCCUUUCCUGUCGCGGCGGCGCGUGGAAAAAUGUCGGGAGAGGAGAGAUGGUGCGUGGUAACGGGCGGCAGAGGCUUCGCCGCCCGUCAUUUGGUCGAAAUGCUAAUCAAAUACGAGAUGUUCGCUGUUCGAAUCGCCGAUUUGCCUUCUAGCAUUGACCUCGAACCGUACGAGGAAAACGGACUCCUCGGCGAAGCUUUACGUACGGGUCGUGCUCGUUACGUUUCCGCUGAUCUUCGCCACAAAGCUCAAGUACUAAAAGCUUUGGAAGGAGUUGAGGUGGUUUUCCACAUGGCGGCUCCUAAUUCGUCGAUUAAUAACUACCAGCUUCAUCAUUCGGUUAAUGUUCAAGGGACUAAAAAUGUUAUUGAGGCUUGCGUUGAACUUAAAGUGAAAAGGCUUAUCUAUACGAGCUCUCCCAGUGUCGUUUGUGAUGGGGUUCACGGAAUCUUCAAUGGCAAUGAAUCCCUGCCUUAUCCACCUGAUCAUAAUGAUUCAUACUCAGCUACAAAGGCUGAGGGAGAGGCAUUGGUCAUCAAGUCAAAUGGGGUUAAAGGGCUUCUAACUUGUUGCAUACGUCCCAGUAGUAUUUUUGGCCCUGGCGAUAAGUUGUUGGUUCCAUCUUUGGUAUCUGCAGCAAGGGCAGGGAAAUCCAAGUUCAUAAUUGGUGAUGGUAACAAUGUAUAUGAUUUCACUUAUGUUGAAAAUGUGGCACAUGCUCAUAUUUGUGCUGAACGAGCUCUAGCAUCUGGAGGAGAAGUUGCAGAAAAAGCUGCAGGGCAGGCAUAUUUUGUAACCAAUAUGGAGCCAAUCAAGUUUUGGGAGUUUGUUUCCCAAAUACUCGAGGGUCUUGGCUAUCAGAGGCCGAAAAUAAAGAUUCCCGCCUUUGCUAUAAUGCCAAUUGCAUAUUUGGUCGAGUGGACAUAUCGGCUACUAGGCCCAUAUGGCAUGAAGGUUCCACAAUUGACACCUUCGAGAGUUAGACUUCUCUCUUGCAGCAGAUCUUUUGAUUGUUCAAAAGCAAAGGAUCGGCUUGGCUAUUCACCACUUGUUUCACUCGAGGAUGGUAUACAGAAGACAAUUGAGUCAUACUCAUAUCUGAGAGCUGAAAAUCCACCCAAGAGAGAAGGGCCUUCUAAAGCUUCUGUUUAUCUUGGACAGGGAAGAGUUGCUGACACACUACUUUGGAAGAAUAAAAGGCAGACUCUGACAGUGCUGUUAGUACUAUUUGCAAUCUACUACAACUUCAUUGCUUCGGGUUCUACCAUUAUUACUGCACUUUCGAAGCUUCUCUUGGUGUCACUAAGUUUUUUGUUCAUCCAUGGCAGUUUACCAAAUAGAAUAUUGGGAUAUAAAGUAGAGAAAGUUCCCGCAUCAAAUUUCCACUUAUCAGAAGAGAAAUCACGGGAAGUUGUUAUGUUGAUGGCUUCAUCCUGGAAUGGUGCUGUUAAUGUUUUGAAAUCUCUUUGCAAGGGGAAGGAUUGGAUUCUGUUCCUUAAGGUUGUUUUCGCUCUACUGCUUCUUAGCUUCCUUGGAGCCAUGUCACUUCGGACUAUGUUUGUCAUAGGACUUCCACUUGCCUUUAUAGCUUUCUAUGUGUAUGAGAAAAAGGAGCAGGAAAUUGAUUCUUUGAUUCUAGAAGCGUUCUCUGUGGGCUGCAAACUAAAAUCUGAUAUUGCCAGGAAAUUAGUGGCCUCCAAGAAGAAUGACUGAUAGCGUUGGAACCCAAAUUUUCCUUAACAUGAAGGGGGACUAUAUAUCAACUAUUUGGAGCUCUUCCCGAGGGUUAUAAGUGUUGGCUUGUAAUAUUACUUGUAGCCAUUUCAGCUCUGCGCUCUUCUUUUCAGACCUCUUCACAUAUUGAAGCUGUUCGAUUUACAUUUCUCAUUUGUUCUCAUCCAGUACUUGGGUUCACUUGUAUGUAUCUCUCAAGAAUGGUUAAUACUUUUACUUUCGGUUGUAUACUGAAGUUUCUUUUGGGUUAAUGCUACCAUCUGAUUUUGGUUUAAUGAAAAACUAAAAACUCUUGUAAA